CCAGGGCAACUUCCCAAGACUCCUAAAAAGCGCUGGGCCCCUGCGGUGCGGGGUAAAGGGGAGGGGGCUGCUCCAGGAUGGAGCUGAUCGUGCUGCUCAAUGCUUUAGUUACUCGCCUGCUCUUUGUGUUGCACUCUGUCAUCGGGGUCUGGAGAGUAACUGCAGCGAAGAAAGAAUCCAAGUACUGGCUGCUGGCACUGCUCAAUCUUCUCCUGUGCCUGGAGACAGGGCUCACCCUCAAGUUUAAGCAAGGCAGAGGCUACAAAUGGUUUUCACCAGCUAUAUUUUUAUAUCUGAUUUGCACAGUACCAUCACUAUGGCUACUAGAAAUUCAUCAUGGGACUCAGUACUGUGAUAAUGCAUCCAGGGCAGUUCAGGUGAAUGUCAGCAACCAAGAUUUCAAUCAAUCCAGAGACAGCACUCAUGGAAGUGAGGGAAUCAUUCAGACGGCUAAAGUCCUUGUGAAUCAGCUUUCCAUAAUCUGUGAGACUGUUUGGACACUGGCCCUUCAUCAAACAUUUCUACUGCUACUAGUAGUUGGAAGAUGGCUUCUCCCCAUUGGAGUUGAAAUCACCCGGGAUCAGUUGUCUCAGCUGCUUCUCAUGUUUGUGGGAACAGCUGCAGAUAUACUUGAAUUUGCUAGUGAAACCUUGGACAUUCAAGAUGUUCGGAAAAAUGACACUCUUGUAAAUGCAAUUCUUGCUGUAUGGACUUGGAGUAUGUUACAGUUUCCACUUGAUCUUGCAGUACAGCAUAUUGGCUGCAAACCAACUACAUCAACCAGGCGGAUCCCCAGCCUGCUGCUGUGCAGGUACAGCGCAGAACUGUGGAACAUCGGGGUCAGCCUUUUCAUACAGGAUGGCCCCUUCUUCAUUGUGCGUUCAAUCUUGAUGGGCCACUUUGGAAUAUUUAAUCAGAUGCUGGUGUUUUUUACAGCUAAGAAUAUCUUAGUUGUGACUCUACAAUUGUAUCGUUUGGCAGUGAUAAUGUUAGACUUUCGUGCUACCAUUCUGCAGAAAAGCAGGAAAGGAGAAGUCAGCUGUUGCCCAUGCGAGCCUUAUGAAGCUCAUACUCAUGCUGCUGCUGACCAAGAUAAUGAAAUGAAAGAGUUUGUUGCAUUUCCUCAAAAAAAGGAAACCUAAGUUCCACCAAAAGAUCAGUGAACACAGUCACUGACUUGAAAGAGGUUGCAUUUCCCACAGCUUCUUCAGAAGAGCUUAGCCUAUUUCUAUGAUCAAACAUAUCUUGAGUGCCCAAGUCAUCUCUUCCAUCAAGAUAUGAAUAAUUUCUUCUAAGCUGUAGGGGAAAUUUCUGAAGCAGAUUCAUAGAAAUGGGACUUUUUAAAAAAAUCCCUUUGUAUGGAAGUUUUUAACUAGUUUCCUAUUGUAUUAACCUCAAGGACUUUGUAGCAAUAGUUUGUAGUGUCAAGAAAGGUCUGGCACACUUAGAAAGUUGGUUGUUGUCUUUGGUGGCACUGUGCUAACAGACGCACUUGCAUGCAUUCAAACAGAAGAACGAUCCUAUCCAUUAUAUGAAGUGCAGAAGCAUUUAGCUCUACUUGAAUGCUUGGGCUCUAAGUAAAGUGUUCACUGAGUAUGGGAGCAGUUUCAGUAGCAACAACUGUACAGACGUGCAAAUGAAUGGAGAUGACAGACUGCUACUGUCAUUGUGACAUCUACACAUGUUCAAACUCUUGAAUGAACAAUCUUCAAACAUUACCUCAUCCUGUGCUGGAUUCAGUUAAAAAAAACUAUGCAACACCAUGAAACUGUACAAAAGACUGUCUCUUAGGUUUGAAUAAUCUGAUGUAAACCUUGAAGCCUUUUUUUUUUUUAAAUACAGAGAGUUUUGCUUUUCUGUUUCUACCAGUUAAAACAACAACAAACUAAAAAAUACAGAAUAUUUGUAACGACUUCUCCACCACUCUGGCUUCACUGUGCUUGCAGUUGAGACAAAACUUUAAAAUGCGUCUAUUUUGUAUGAUUUUUAGAAGUGGCCUGACUCAGGUAUAUAAUCUAACUAGAAAGAAAAUGGCACUGCUUAAGUUUGACAAGGCAACCCAGCCAAAAGGAUCAGGCUUGUGCUUCACAUUUCAGAAAGCACCAGAAAAUCCCAUGAAGUAAAUUCAGAGAUUGUCUCAUCUGUUGGUAAUUAUAAUCUUUACUGAUUGUUGGUUUACUACUUGCACAAUUGGAGUGAACAACACAGGGCCCUAUUAAUUUCUCCCAAGAACACACACGUUAGAUAAAAGUAAGACCACUGACUUUGCUGGUCAUAACUUACAGAAGCUGAAAGUAAGACAAGUGUCUUUUGAAAGUCUGCCUAAAAUAUUAUCUAUUCUCACAGAAAAUGGCAGGUGCUUUUACAAAUUUCUGCAUCCAUUCUAAUAGAGAUCAGAAAAAGUAUAUUAAAAAAACCCUAGCAAAUACAAAGUGACCUAAUUAAAAUAAUUUCCCAUAUUAAAAUUUGUUUAGUAAACCUCUUCUAAAGCCUCAGUUACCUAAAACCAGAAUCUGGUUUCAGGAAUUAAUAAAAGUGUUUU